UAUAUUUAAUAUGCGGGAUAAAUGAGAAAGUUGUAUAAUUACUUUAAAAAAGGUAAGAGAAUAUAGAAGGUCAUACGAAAUUACGAAAUAGGAUCUUGCAAGUUUAUCGAAAAAAAAAAUCGAGGGAUGAAUAAAAACAAAUGAUAUUCCAUCGUAAGCAAAACUUCGAUGUGAAAGAUGAAGAGGGAAAGAGGAGAAAGAGAAGGGGGGAGAGAGAAGGGGAGAGAGAAGGAGAGCCUAGAACUGGAAAGUAGGUACACGUAUUAUCAGGAUUAAAGAAAUCAAAAGUCAAUGUGGAGUCGAUCUUUGUCCUUCCUUGAAGAAGACGAGCAAGAACAAUAUUCGAAGGAGAAGAAAAAGAAGAAAAAGAGGAAGAAGACGAAGAAGACGAAGGAGUUAUAAUUGGAGAAGGAGGUGAGUACAAAAGCGGACUUAGUGUUUGUGAAAUCAAUUCGCUGUUCAGUUUUCUUCGAAACUUCUUACCGAACUCAUACGAGUUCGCCUUCUAUCACCUCUCUUCGAACCUCUCUUCGAUAUCAUUGUUGAGAUUUAAAUCAGGAGGACAAGGAAUCAUAUUUUAUCAAGAAGGAAAGAUGAGCACUAUAUUAAAUCAUUUGGGCGAAACGAAUUAUAAUAAUAAUAAUAAUAAUACUAAUAAUAAUAAUAAUAAUAUUUUGGACAAGGUUAUCAAUGAAAAAGAACGACGAGGAACACCGAUUCAAGAAUUUUACAUGGAACAGAAGAUUUUAAUAACCGGUGGAACAGGCUUUUUAGGAAAAAUCUUGAUAGAGAAACUUUUACGCAGUUGUCCUGGCAUCUCAUUCAUUUAUUUAUUGAUACGAUCCAAAAAAGAAAAAAAUGCAAAAGCUAGGAUAGAAGAACUAUUCGAAGAUUGUGUGUUCGAUCGGAUGAAGAAAGAGGUACCAAAGUAUCGUGACAAAAUCGUGGCUGUAUGUGGAGAUUGUGGUGUAGAAAAACUAGGACUUUCGACUAAAGAUCGUAAAAUGCUUGAAAAUGAGGUGUCGAUAGUCUUUCACGUAGCAGCAACGGUCCGAUUCAAUGAAAAACUCAAACUCGCAACCGUCAUAAAUGUUCGAAGUACCAAUGAUCUUUUGGAAAUGUGCAAAUCUAUGCCAAAACUUAAGGCAUUGGUUCACGUAUCCACUGCUUAUGCGAAUUGCUUCGAAAAACAAAUCGAAGAACGCUUCUACAAAUAUUCCGUUCAUCAUGAAGAACUUUUGAGAUUAACGGAGACAUUGUCAGAAGAAGAACUCGAGAAUAAAUAUCAAAACGUGACGAGCAAAUGGCCAAAUAUGUAUACGUUCACGAAAGCUAUGGCGGAAAGUCUGAUAAAAGAGAAACACGGAAAUCUACCAAUAGGAAUAGUUCGACCUGCCAUAGUUAUAUCAACGGCUUACGAACCUAUAGAAGGAUGGCUCGACAACAUUUAUGGACCAAACGGUAUAACCGCUGCUGCUUCCAGCGGUAUUUUAAGGGUCAUGUACUGUGACUCUGCUAAAAUCGCUGAUAUAAUACCCGUCGAUAUUACCGUCAAUGCCAUUAUCGCAUCCGCAUGGGACAUUACAAUGCAUACUAAUAGAAAAGGAGACGACAUGCUCAUAUAUAAUGUCGUAGCAUCGACUGAAGCACCGCUAACGUGGGACCAAUAUCAUCAUAUUUGUUAUCCUUAUAUUCGUCAGUAUCCCUCGAGCAAUAUGAUAUGGUAUCCGACUCUAAUAACAACCAAAAAUAAGUUAUUAUACAACAUUUUAUCUUUCAUUUUUCAAACGUUACCCGCGACUCUCAUUGAUAUCAUCCUAUUUUGCUUAGGCAAGAAACCGAGAAUGCGCAAAACAAUUAACAAAAUUAACAAUUUCGUCGAGAUAUUAUCAUUUUUCUGUACCAGAAAUUGGGUAUUUGUUAAUGACAACGUACACAAUAUGUGGACAAGACUAAAUUCGAAAGAUCAACAACUUUUUAGAUUUAGUAUGGCCAAUUUUGACUGGCAGUUAUAUUUACAUAAGUAUAUGAAAGGAAUACGCACUUAUUUAUUUAAGGAAAAUAAAGAUACUUUAGAGAGUUCUCAAUUAAAAUUAAAAAGAUUGUAUUGGAUACAUCAUAUUUUCAAAAUACUCUUCUACUUAGGUGGUUUCUGGACAAUUUUUAAAAUAUUUUGUAAAAUAUUUCCUUACCCAAGUUUUCAUGGAUAAGCGUGCAAUUUAGUAUUAUAAUUUAUUUUAUAAGUAUUUCAUUUGAAGAAUGCCAAAGUAAAAAGCCCCGGAAACAAAUAAAACAUUAAAUUAUAAAAAUUCUUCAACGAAAUCAUUUUAAUUUGUUCGACGAUAUGAAUUGACUCGAGCAAACUUCUAACAAGUAUUUUAUUCAAUUUCGAUCAGAAAUCUACUAUCUCUAUUUAUACUACUCUGACAAUAUACAUAGAAACUUUUGUAAAUAUACGUAUAUAUAAAAAUCUGACUUUAUCAAAAUACUUACAAUACUUUAUAUAUAUAUAUAUAAUACUUAUUUUAACAUAUGAUUUUAUAUCACUAACGUCACAAUAAUAUGUAUUAUUGUGUGAUAAUAUUAAUUAUUGAUAUUUUUAAAUAUAAUAACUAUAUACUAUAAAUAUAUUUUUAAUAAACAUUGGGACGGAAUUGAUAUUUGAGAUUCGAUAGAAUUUUGAAUGCGUAAAAAAUGCAUUCGGUCACAAGUAGGAAAUUUCUCUUACUUCCCAUUAUAA